CCGCUGAUAAUUUUAACCCAUAAAACAAAAAUAACUUUUAUUUUGGUUGUGUUGUAAAUACUACUACCGGUAGUUGAAUUGUAAACUAUGCUCGACUACUAUAGAAGGAAUGUCUUAAUAACUACGACGUCAUUCCGGACAUUUUGUUUAUAAAUAUCCGUGAUAUGCGUGCACCUCUUAAUGUUAUUCAGUGAUGAAACUGUUAAGGCUCCUUCUUUUUACCGUAUGUGUACUAACCGUCUUGGGGGUGUGUCCAGAUGGAAAGUAUGGACCCCAAUGUUCCUUAACGUGUGGCUCCUGCAAGAAUAUCACCUGUCAUGAAGACACUGGAGUGUGUCAGGGGUGUUCUGCUGGGUACCUGGGCCUGCUGUGCGUUAGAGAGUGUACAAUAGGUACAUAUGGAGAAAACUGCCUGCUCAGCUGUAACCAAUGCGUUAAUAAUACUUGCGACCCGGUGAACGGCACAUGUACUAAUGGAACUAAACAAACCACCAGUUCCACAUCUACUACUGCAAAAAGUACCACCACUUCCACGAAACAGACCACUACCACUCAAGAAAAAGGAUUAAUAUUCGACAGCCCUGCGGUGUUUUUGGGUUUUUCUAUCCCAGGUCUGGGGCUUGUUGGAGCGGGGGCACUCAUCUUGUUUCUGAUCAUCGCAAUCCUGUGUCACACGGCACUGAACAGAUGUUGUCCGAGGAAAGUACAAGUUGAACCGACUUACCACGCAAAACGACGACGAUCAGAAAGAAGUAAUUGAAAUUUUUUUUGGUUCCAGUACCUCAUUCAUGUACAGAAAAUGGUCCUCCAGUCCGACAUAAGAAAUUUCUUACGCCUCAUCUUGUGAUCAUCAAAAACCGGAUGUACUAUUAUGUCAGCCCGACUUCCGUAAGAAGUAGAACACCACAGAGCGCAAAAGGGAGCAGCGACACCGGAAGCGCGAUUCACUAUAGCUACUAGCUUUUCGCAUUUGCUAGAAACCUUAACAAUACGUGGACUUUUGUUUUCAUGUUCUUGUCAUCAUUUUGAUUAUCUUAAAAUCUUAUUAAUACUCAUAGAAGCAUAGUCGGUCUUUAUAUCACGAUUGAAGUACAUAAAUUAACCGAAUUCUUUACAGCAGUAAAAUAAAUACCAGUAUGAUCAAAUAAUUUGGAACGUUUUUGUCAGAAAAUUUGAAAUAAAAUGUUUAUAUUUGU